AUGAGUGAUCUACCAAUUGAUUUUACGGAACUGGCUGAUUUAAUAUCAUUGGGAAUUUCCCCUCAAUCCCUUGAUUUUAGAUCAACCACAUUUGAAAGUGACCGUUACGUUACAGUGAGAGAAACUCAAGAUGGUAACAAUUCGGUCGCUAUUGUCGAUUUGGCGAACAAUAACCACGUAACAAGAAAGAACAUGGGUGGUGAUUCUGCGAUAAUGCAUCCAUCACAAAUGGUCAUAUCUGUGAGAGCUAAUGGUACCAUUGUACAGAUUUUUAAUUUGGAUACAAAGACGAAAUUGAAGUCUUUUACCCUGGACGAGCCAGUGCUCUUUUGGAAGUGGUUAGAUGAGAAACACUUAGGCUUUGUCACAGCAAGAACCAUUCAAAUAUGUGAUGUCUUCGAUAAUAAUGUUAGCAGUAAACCUCAAUUGUUAACUCAAAGACAUGCAAGUCUCAAUAAUACUCAAAUCAUAAAUUUUGUUAGUAACAAAAAAUUGGAUUGGUUUGCUGUAGUCGGUAUUUUACAGGAGAAUGGUAGAAUUGCUGGUAAAAUACAGUUAUAUUCUAGGACUCGUAAUAUUUCUCAGGCUAUUGACGGUCAUGUAGCCAUUUUCUCCAACAUUUUAUUGGAUGGUAAUACUUCACCUGUGCAAAUUUUUGUCACAGGUAACAGAAAUGUUACAACAGGUUCAGGUGAAUUAAGGAUUAUUGAAAUCGAUCACGAUGGUUCAUUACCUGUUCAGUACCAGAAGAAGAGCGUUGAUAUUUUCUUCCCACCAGAUGCAACAAAUGAUUUUCCAAUUGCAAUUCAGAUUUCUGAAAAGUAUGGUGUCAUUUAUCUUCUAACAAAGUAUGGGUUCAUUCAUCUUUACGAAUUAGAAACCGGUACAAAUCUUUUCGUUAAUAGAAUUACAGCAGAAUCCGUUUUUACUGCUACCUCAUAUGAUGAUAAAAAUGGUAUUGCAUGUAUUAACAAAAAAGGUCAAGUAUUAGCCGUGGAAAUUUCCACUUCGCAAAUUGUCUCGUACAUAUUGAACAAAUUGUCAAAUGUAUCAUUAGCUCUAACUGUGGCAUCAAGAGGUGGAUUACCUGGCGCAGAUGAUCUUUUCCAAAAGCAAUUUGAUUCAUUUUUGAAUCAAGGUGACUAUGCGAAUGCUGCUAAAAUUGCAGCCUCAUCAACCCAAUUGAGAAAUCAAAAUACUAUCAACCGAUUGAAAAAUGUUCAAGCGGCUCCAGGUGCAAUCUCACCAAUUCUGCUAUAUUUCUCAACUUUGCUUGAUAAAGGUAAAUUAAAUAAGGAUGAAACAAUCGAAUUGGCAAGACCUGUCUUACAACAGGAUAGAAAACAACUAUUUGAAAAGUGGUUGAAAGAGGAUAAGUUGGAGUGUUCUGAAGAAUUAGGUGAUAUUGUUAAACCAUUUGAUACCACUUUGGCAUUAGCUUGCUAUUUGAGAUGUAAUGCUCAUGGUAAAGUCGUCACAUGUUUAGCCGAACUGCAACAGUUCGACAAAAUUCUGCCUUAUUGUCAAAAGGUCAGCUAUCAAGCCAAUUACCUUGUUUUAAUAUCAUCUCUGAUCAGAACAAAUCCAGAUAAAGCAUCAGAAUUCGCCAUUUCGCUGUUGCAAAAUCCAGAAACUUCUUCGCAGCUAGAAAUUGAAAAAAUUGCUGAUUUAUUUUUCUCUCAGAACCAUAUUCAACAAGGUACAUCCCUAUUACUGGAUGCAUUAAAAGGCGAUACACCAGAUCAAGGCCACUUACAAACCCGUGUUCUCGAAGUGAACCUAUUGCACGCUCCACAAGUUGCUGAUGCAAUUUUGGGUAACCACAUCUUUUCUCAUUAUGAUAAACCAACUAUUGCAUCAUUAGCUGAAAAAGCUGGAUUAUAUCAAAGAGCACUUGAAAAUUAUACUGACAUCAAAGAUAUUAAAAGGUGUAUUGUUCACACUAACGCUUUGCCUAUCGAUUGGCUAGUGGCGUUUUUUGGUAAGUUGAACAUUGAACAAACUUUUGCUUGUUUGAAGACAUUAAUGGAUAACAACCAACAAGCUAACAUUCAAAUUGUUGUUCAAGUUGCCACGAAGUUUUCGGAUUUGAUAGGCCCCGCAACUUUAAUCAAAUUAUUUGAUGAAUAUAAGGCUACCGAAGGAUUAUACUAUUACUUGGCAUCGCUGGUAAAUUUGACUGAGGACAAGGAUGUGGUUUAUAAAUAUAUUGAAGCUGCCGCUAAAAUGAAACAAUACAAGGAAAUCGAAAGAGUUGUUAAGGACAACACAGUUUAUGAUCCAGAAAGAGUCAAAAAUUUUCUUAAGGAUGCCCAAUUGGAAGACCAAAUUCCAUUGAUCAUUGUUUGUGAUCGUUUCAACUUUGUUCAUGAAUUAAUUCUUUAUUUAUACAAGUCUCAUAACAUGAAAUUUAUUGAAGCAUACGUUCAGCAAAUUAACCCCUCGAAAACUCCUCAAGUUUUGGGUGCAUUAUUAGAUGUUGACUGUGACGAAACAUUUAUCAAGAAUUUACUUCAAUCUGUUUUGGGACAAGUCUCAAUAAAUGAGUUGACUAGCGAGGUUGAAAAAAGAAACAGAUUGAAAUUGUUGUUACCUUUCUUGGAACAAACUUUAGCUCAAGGAAGUCAAGAUCAAGGUGUCUACAAUGCUUUAGCAAAGAUCUAUAUCGACUCAAACAAUGCUCCAGAAAAGUUUUUGAAGGAAAACAACAACUACGAUACGGUAGACGUUGGUCGUUACUGUGAAAAGAGAGAUCCUUAUCUGGCAUACAUUGCUUACGAAAAGGGUUCCAACGACGAGGAUCUCAUCAGAAUAACCAAUGAAAAUAGCAUGUACAAAUAUCAGGCAAGGUACUUAUUGAAACGUUCUGAUCCAGAGCUGUGGAAUUCAGUUUUGAAUGCUGAUAAUAGCCACAGAAAACAAUUGGUUGAGUCUGUGAUCGCAGUUGGUAUACCGGAAUUAACUGAUCCUGAACCUGUUUCUCUUGCGGUUCAAGCUUUUAUGAACAAUGGUUUGAGACUGGAACUAAUCGAACUUCUGGAAAAAAUCAUUCUGGAGCCUUCACCAUUUAGUGAUAAUGUUGCUUUACAAGGACUGCUUCUAUUAUCGGCCAUAAAAUACGAGCCGACGAAGGUUGCAUCAUAUAUCGACAAGCUCGAAAACUAUGACGCAGAUGAAAUCGCCCCUCUAUGUAUUGAACACGGUUUGAACGAGGAGGCUUUCGAAAUAUAUGAUAAAGAUGGUGCGCAUGGCAAAGCUUUGAAAGUACUUGUUGAAAAUGUCAUGUCUUUAGAUAGGGCUCAAGAUUACGUCGAAAAGGUGAAUGAGCCCGAUUUGUGGUCUCAAUUAGGUACCGCUCAACUGGAUGGAUUGCGGAUUCCAGAUGCAUUGGGAUCAUAUAUCAAAGCUCAAGAUCCUUCUAACUAUGAAAAUGUUAUUGAUAUUACUCAGCAAUCCGGGAAUAUUGACGAUUUAAUUCCUUAUUUGAUUAUGGCUAGAAAGUCAUUGAAGGAACCGAAGAUUGACGGUUCAUUAAUACUAGCGUAUGCGGCUCUAGGCAAAAUUCACGAGAUCGAAAACUUACUCUCUGGUUCAAAUGUUGCAAACUUAGAAGCUGUGGGUGACAAGUUAUUUGAUGCUAAAAAUUAUAAGGCUGCAAAAUUAUGUUACUCAAGUAUUUCUAAUUACUCCAAACUUGCGUCUACCUUGGUGUAUUUAGAUGAUUAUCAAACAGCUGUGGAUACUGCCAGAAAAGCUUCUAAUAUAAGAGUCUGGAAGUUGGUCAACGAUGCAUGUAUUGAUAAAAAGGAAUUUAGAUUGGCCCAAAUUUGUGGUUUGAACUUGAUUGUCCAUGCUGAAGAGUUAGACGAACUUGUCGAUAAGUACGAAUCUAAGGGAUAUUUCGAAGAGCUAAUCUCGCUAUUCGAAGCUGGUCUAGGUUUGGAACGGGCUCACAUGGGUAUGUUCACGGAGCUGGCAAUCUUGUACUCCAAAUAUGAGCCAGCAAAAACAUAUGAACAUUUAAAAUUAUUCUGGUCAAGAAUUAAUAUUCCAAAAGUGAUUAGAGCUAUCGAGCAGGCUCAUCUGUGGACGGAGCUAGUUUUUCUAUAUGCUCAUUACGAUGAGUGGGAUAAUGCUGCCCUAACUAUGAUUGAAAAAUCAGCAAAAAAUUUCGAUCAUACUUACUUUAAAGAGGUUAUCGUCAAGGUUUCCAACCUAGAAAUAUAUUACAGGGUCAUUAAUUUCUAUGUUACUGAACAUCCGUCUUUAUUAAUUGAUUUGUUGAUAGUACUAACACCGAGAUUGAACAUACCAAGGACCGUUAAAAUCUUCUCGAAAUCCGAUAAUUUGCCAUUAAUCAAACCUUUUCUAAUCAACGUUCUACCUACAAAUAACUCUGUCGUGAAUCAAGCUUAUCAUGACCUGAUGAUUGAAGAAGAGGAUUACAAAGCGCUACAGGCUGCUGUCGAUUCUUACGAUAAAUUUGAUCAAUUAGAACUUGCAGCCCGCUUGGAGUCUCACGAAUUGAUUUUUUUCAAGAAAAUUGCAGCUCUUCUGUACCGUAGAAACAAAAAAUGGUCCAAAAGUUUAGCGAUCUUGAAGGAAGAGAUGCUAUGGAAAGAUGCCAUUGAAACAGGUGCCAUUUCGAAAGACACCAAGGUGGUAGAGGAUCUGUUAUCCUAUUUUGUCGAAAUCAAUAACAAGGAGGCAUUUGUUGCUCUAUUGUACACAGCUUACAAUUUGAUAAGUUACGAAUUCGUUUUGGAGAUUUCUUGGCUGCAUUCUUUGGGCGAUUAUAUAAAGCCUUAUGAGAUUUCUAUCAAGAAAGAACAAAAUGAUACUUUGCAGAAAAUUGCAAAGCAAAUGGCAGAAAAAUCUGAUAACAUGGAGGAAGAAAACGCUGGAAACCCUUUAAUGUUAACUAAUGGUGCUAUGGGCUUGCAACAGACAGGCUUUUAG